ACAUGGCGGACGGCUGUGUCCGGCCCGCGGAGCUCUGAGGUUCUCUGGGGUUCUCUGGGGUUCUCUGAGGUUCUCUGGGGUUCUCUGGGGUUCUCUGGGGUUCUCUGGGGUUCUCUGGGGUUCCGGGUCCAGUCACGAGCGGCUCGCGGAUGCCUCGUGUGAAGCGGACGUUGGUUUUAACGGUGCUGAUCGCGUGCAGCUGCGCAGUGCUGCUCCUCCAGCUGCGCUUUCUGCGCAGACACGUUCAUAAGCCUCACAUCCUGAACCCAGCAGGUCAGCUGACCACCGGCCACGGCCAAUGGCAGCAGACCUUGAAGAAGUUUCUGGAGCUGGCGCAGCGUCACAGAAUGCCCCUGUUCCUGGCGGAUGUGGCCACUCUGUCGCACCUCACCCAGGAUGCUUUGCAGCAGCACCAGGGGCCGCCGCCGCCCCACCAGGGGCCGCCGCCGCCCCACCAGGGGCCGCUCUGCAGCUUCCUGUGCAGCGGCCGGCCCGUCGCGGCGUUCGCGCUGCAGGCUAGCCGAUGGAAGUACGAUGCUGGCUUCCUAUUGGCUGCUGAGCAGAGAGGCUUUGAGCUGAUGGAGUUCCGAGGAGAGGAUCCUCGAUUGGCCAGUUUUGACAGCCUAUCAGGGGAGGAGAUCCCGCUGCACUUCCUGUUCCGCCUCCACGGCUUCGUCAUCCAGGUGGUGUUCCUGUACGAGCGCAGCGGGAACUACCUGUGGCACGGCGCCCUGCGCCUGAAGGCCGGCGCCGACCGCAGCUUCGCCCCCUUCACCCUCCUGGACUACGGACGCCAUGCCGGCGCCUACGACAGGCCGGAGCUCGUCCUCACCGUGCUCGAUGGCCUCGACGUUCGAGUCCCACGCAACGUGUCCCACUUCCUGGCACAGCAGAGACACGCCCACUUCCUGGAGUGCCGCUACCGAGAGGCGCGCGGCUUCCUGCAGCUCUACCCCGACGACGCCUCGCCGCCGGCCCUGGAGUUCCGGCGGAAGGCCAAGGCCCUGCUGCACCUGGCGGCCCGGGCGCUGGCCCGGAUCCACGUCCCGUUCUGGAUCAGCAGUGGAACCUGCCUCGGUGAGCCGCCACCCUCACCCUGCAGGCACCCCAUGACCCCUGACCCCUGACCCCUGACCCCUGACCCCUGACCCAUGACCCAUGACCCCUGACCCCUGACCCUUGACCCAUGACCCAUGACCCAUGACCCCUGACCCAUGACUCAUGACCCAUGACCCAUGACCCCUGACCCAUGACCCCUGACCCUUGACCCAUGACCCAUGACCCAUGACCCAUGACCCCUGACCCUUGACCCAUGACCCUUGACCCAUGACCCUUGACCCAUGACCCAUGACCCCUGACCCAUGACCCAGCUGACUGACGGGGCUCAGCAGGAGUCCGGGUCUGAAGAACUCGCCUCCUAUCGGACUGAGAACACAGUCGGCACGAAACCCAGUCCACCAGGGCUCACCAUGACCCCUGACCCCUGAACCAACUGCACCAUGACCCCUGGGACGCUGGGGGGACCGGGAGGACCAGGACGGGGGGGAGGGGUCAAGGAUCACUUGGGGUCCGGGUGCAGCCCCUGGUGCAGCUGGGGUUUUUUGACGCCUGGACCUGGUCGUUGGCGAGUCAGGCUCCUGUUCUCACUCAGACCUGGUCCAGCUCGGAGUCCACAACAGUCUUCAUUUUGUCAACGAAAACUUAAACUUAAACUAUUCGUUGACGAGCCUUUACUCCGUGAUUAAUUUGUGACGAGAACGUAAAUUUAAUGAGUCAUGACAACAAAAACUAAAACAAAACCUCUGAACAUCAUGAACUGACCAGGAAAAAUGUGACGAUAAAGCUCCGGUCCGGCUCCGGUCCGGCUCCGGUCCGGCUCCGGUCCGGCUCCGGUCCGGCUCCGGUCCGGCUCCGGUCCGGCUGGACCAGGUCACGGCUCCGGUCCGGCUCCGAUACGGCUCCGGUCCGGCUCCGGUCCGGCUCCGGUCCGGCUGGACCAAGUCACGGCUCCGGUCCGGCUCCGAUACGGCUCCGGUCCGGCUCCGGUCCGGCUCCGGUCCGGCUCCGGUCCGGCUGGACCAGGUCACGGCUCCGGUACGGCUCCGGUCCGGCUGGACCAGGUCACGGCUACGGUCCGGCUCCAAUACGGCUCCGGUCCGGCUCCAAUACGGCUC